CCCUGGCACCAAACCGCGGUAGCCGUUCAGCAGAUACGUUGGGUUUGCGUGGCUUGGCUGCGUUGCGGCGCCCGUGCGGCCUACCCAUGAGCUCGGACUUCCAGCAUUACAGUUUCAGGAUGCCGAACAUCGGGUUCCAGAACCUGCCUCUCAACAUAUACAUCGUGGUUUUCGGCACGGCCAUCUUCGUCUUCAUCCUCAGUUUGCUCUUCUGUUGCUACUUGAUCAGGCUCAGACAUCAAGCACACAAAGAGCUUUACGCCUACAAACAGGUUAUACUCAAGGAAAAGGUGAAGGAGCUGAACCUACACGAGAUCUGCGCCGUUUGCUUGGAGGAGUUCAAGCCCAAGGACGAGCUGGGGAUCUGUCCCUGUAAACAUGCCUUCCACAGAAAGUUGCUCAGCUGGAGCCGUCCCGGGUUGCGAUCCCUGCAGGAACCUGGGGUGGAGGAAGCCGGGCUCCCACCUCGCCCUGUCCCCCUGUCCCCCCCCCUGUCCCUGCCCAGCGCGGAGAGCUGCUGCCCUCUAGUGCCGGCUGCACCCCCGGAGCUGGGUGCUGGGGGCAGGUCCCACCUGGAGAUGUUCCGUGCCGGCUGCACCCCCAGAGCUGGGUGCUGGUCCCACCUGGAGAUGUUCCGCUUCACCUUCUCCAGCGGGAAACGCAAGGAGUGA